AUGACUUCCGUCUGUGCCUGCAGCUGGGUAUGGCCCUACCUGUGUGUGUGCACCAGAAGAGGCUUGAGGGCUGCAUCAGCAGGACAGGGGAGGAAGCCCGGGCUGGUAGAAUGGGUGGCACAAGUAGGAUCCCAAUAUAUCAGGGCAACCAUGACAGUUUCCUCUCUCGUCCAGCUUCGUUUGGUUUGGUGCUGUUGGACCCUACCAAGAUGGCAGAUGAACGUCCAUAAGAGGCCCUUGGCAGUGUGGACCAGUGCUACUGCUCAGUGGACACUUAAGCAGAAGAAACCAGCAGAGCUAUACAGGAUACCAGUGUCCAGGCCACCCAUCUUAUCAGGCACCAGUCUACUGGGCAAGGGAGCUCUCUCUACAACCUCCAUCAGCCCCAAGGAAGUGAUGCUGACUAGUGAGCGGUAUGGUGUGCAGAGGCUGCCCUUCUCUCAUGUUUCUGAUAGUGAUUUAACUUUUUUUGAGCACCUUAUACCUGGUAGAGUCAUCACAGACCCAGAUGAAUUGAGACCGUUUAAUGUGGACUGGCUGCAGUCAGUCCGAGGCUGCAGUAAGAUGUUACUGAGGCCACGGACAGCAGCAGAGGUAUCUGAGAUUCUCAGGUAUUGUAACAAAAGGAAGUUGGCAGUAAACCCCCAGGGAGGUAACACUGGCCUUGUGGGGGGCAGCGUUCCUGUCUUUGAUGAGAUUAUUAUCUCCACAGCUCUAAUGAACCAGGUCAUCAGCUUCAACAGUGUGUCUGGAAUCCUUGUUUGCCAGGCUGGCUGUAUUUUAGAGAACCUGAACCAGUAUCUUGAGGAGCUGGACUUCAUCAUGCCACUUGACCUUGGAGCCAAGGGCAGCUGCCACAUUGGUGGUAAUGUGGCAACAAAUGCAGGCGGCCUGAGGCUGUUGAGGUACGGCUCUCUUCGAGGGACAGUUCUGGGACUGGAAGUGGUCCUGGCUGAUGGCUCCAUUCUGAACUGCUUGGCUUCUCUGCGGAAGGAUAAUACUGGCUAUGAUUUGAAGCAGCUUUUCAUUGGAUCAGAGGGGACUUUGGGGGUUAUUACUGCUGUCUCUAUCCUCUGUCCACGGAAACCCAAGUCUGUGAAUCUGGUCUUCUUAGGUUGUCAGAGUUUCUCUCAGGUUCUUGGAACUUUCACUACCUGCAAAGGCAUGCUGGGAGAGAUCCUGUCUGCAUACGAAUUCAUGGAUGACAAGUGCAUGAAAUUGGUUGAGAACCACCUCAAACUGUCCAAACCAGUGACAGGAAGCCCCUUUUAUAUUUUAAUUGAAACAUCAGGCUCCAAUUCUGCCCAUGAUGAAGAAAAGCUGAACAACUUCUUGGAACAUGUCAUGGCCUCUGGUUUGGUGACCGAUGGGACUGUGGCCACAGAGGAUAAGAAAAUAAAGAUGUUGUGGUCUCUGAGGGAGCGGAUCACAGAGGCCCUAACUCAUGAUGGCUGUGUUUACAAAUAUGACCUCUCACUCCCUGUGGAGAGACUCUAUGACCUUGUGAUUGAUACCAGGGCUCGACUGGGCAAGACUGCCAAGAAUGUGGUUGGCUAUGGCCAUCUAGGAGAUGGAAACCUGCACUUGAACAUCACAGCUGAGUCCUACAGCCAUUCCCUGCUGAAUGCCAUUGAGCCAUUUGUGUACGAGUGGACUGCACAGUAUAAUGGCAGUAUCAGUGCAGAGCAUGGACUGGGCUUCAAGAAGAAGCAUUACAUUCAAUACAGUAAGCCACAGGAGGCAGUCCUUCUGAUGCAGCAGGUCAAAGCCAUGUUGGACUCCAAAGGGAUUCUGAAUCCUUACAAGACACUGCCAGCUAGUUACUGAGUGCUUCGUGCUGCUGAGAAACAGGUGUAUAUCCUAUUGUAUCGACUAUAUCUCUAUCUCAUAACUGCACUUUAGACACUGACAGACUGAGCAACAAUUUUCAAAGCUGCUUUGCUCACUUUAUGAUUGUAAUGAAAUGGUAAAGGACUGCAAUUCCUCCUCCCAGUAUUGUCCAUCAUCGCACGAGCUCUGACCGUCCAGAAAGCAGAGAUCAGUAGCGGCCAAAGCCACACAGGCUUCCUCAUUGCUCUGAAAGUUCAGACUGAGUAUACAUAUAUAAGGGGCCUACCUGCCAGUCCCUCCCAUGCUGCAGUGCUUAGAACUAUCUCCCAUCCCAGUCCAGCUGGUGGAACCCUUGAAAAGCCUUAACUCUCUAAUGCUCUGUUGAUGGCUUUUCCUCUCUACUUUAGAUUGCUUCUUUUAUUUCAUUUAUAGUCCAUGCUUGUGGAUGUUAGAGCUUCAUGCAGCAAGAAGAAAGUGUAAGCAGCAUCUAGAUUUGGUAGACCAUCUGCGCUUUCUAUCACUUUCUGCCAGUGGGGCAGUUUAAAAUCUCUGUUCUUCUUACUCUAUAUAGCAAGACAAAUUAUAGCCUAUUUUCAAACACAGGCCUAUGACUUUGCACGUGCAAAUUAUUACACCUGCAGCUUAGUCCUCUUCGAUCUAGGUAUGUGAUUUGUGGGUGCAGUCAGCUGUGGAAAUGGAAGAUUAAAUUCUGGUGGAUCUCGGGGGUGUAAAUGGCAGGAUUAUGGCAGUGAUGUUCCUGAUCCUGGAUUAUAGGUAUUUGCCCCUCACUUGCUCAUAGUUGUAUGUAUGUGGGGUAAUCUUGGCACAGUUCGUAAAUUCAUGGCAGUAGUAAUAAUUUGCUAAGCUCCACUAGGUGUCUAACAGGCAGCUCUUAGUGGGCAUCAUGACCAUAUCUUUGUCCCUAUAGCUCCCAGCUGAGAUCAGCCAUGUUUAGAGCUUCUUUAUAGCAUUUGCCUCACUAGCACCAAGCCAGAGUUAACAAUUUGUGCUGACACUUGGAUACUACAGUUAUAGGCAUGCUAGAAAUACUGUAGUUGGCAUCCAGAGUAGGGUUUCCAGUAAUGUCAACACCUCAGUAAUCUUUCCUUUCAUACAGAUAGUACAAACCUGAGAUCAGAGGUAUAAACAGCAUCCCAUCAACAAGACCCUGAGCCAAAGACAGCUUUGGGUUAACUAGGCGGAAGGCCUGGAGAUGCCAUGAAAGCGCUGCCUUUACCAGGACAGGAUUUUUCCCCUUCCAUUCGCAGUGCCCUUGCUUGGUUUAAAAGAGAAUGUAAUCAUCCUGUGCACAGAUCUUGUAAAGUCAUAGAAGUAGACUGCAGUCUUAUCUUAGAUUUUGGCUAAACUGGUGAUUAUGUAUCAAACUAGACUGUUUUGAUGGGAAAGAUUGUAUUGUGGCACCACGGAAUAGAAGAGGCCAGUUUAUAAAGACAGCAUCUGGUUAUGCUUGCAUUUUGGUAAUCCACAAGGAAGAGAAAGGAGAAAAUAUACGUGUUAACUAGGGUACAUAUAUUAAUUUUCAAAAUUUUCUUUGUGGAUUGGGGCUAUUAGCCGCUUGACAGGCAUGUCUGCUCCCUUCCCCUGUGUUGCACAGCAGAGAGAGAAAUGUAGGUGCAUUGAUUGUACAGAAAUAGGAGUUAAGAAGCUGGGCAGCAGGAAAGGUGACUACUCAUCGGUAGCAUGAUUCUAUACCUCUUAGUCACUGGCAGCUCCUCAGCACCAAAAAUAUGCAAGUAAAACCCCAUUUGAAAUGGGCUUGGCCUGCUGAAGGGCGGUGGAAUUGGGGAACAGAUUGUAUGCAUGGCCUAAGACCAUAGGAUCCCAGUGUAACAACCAUGAACUCCUCCCCCUCUGGCCACAAUACACCAAUAGGCAGAGCGCAACCAAUGGCAGUGUUACGUGGAAAGUAGUCAUUCUGGCCAGAGGCCUAAGAGAAGUGCAGAAGGGCAUGUGUAUACCAGGCCAGGUUUGUGGGAUUUUGUUAUACCAAUAAAAACUAGCAGGAUCUUAUUGAAGGGGACAAGAUAAAGAUGCC